UUGGACACAAACCUGGCUGCAGACGGAAUCGGAACACCGGAUCACCGGUGAGUAAAUGAAUAAUCAUUGUAUCAUACGAAGCGUUGAUCGAGUGAUAGAGGGCCUGGAUGGGAUGCGAGCAAAGGGAAUCACAGAGGCAGAGGAUACGGAUCCCCUCGGCUUCCCCCACUUUGUUCGCCACGCCCACUCCGUCGCCGCCGCCGAACACGCCGCCGGGGCCACUCCCUCCUGCCACCGCAGAACGGCAGCCGCCAACCUCCUUCCCCCGAAGAACGGCAGACAGCCAGUCGCACUCCUCCCGCCGACGCGACAUGGAGCGGUGAUCCAUCCGAACUUUUCUUUCGUUGGGGUUGGAAGCUGCCUCUUGUAUGCUCACCAUACUUCGGUGUUGAUUCCGACGACCGGAAUUCUGUGAAUCAGUUGCCAAGGUGUGGCUGUUUGUACUUUCUGAGGCGUGACGAAAUGGAAUGCAACAAGGAUGAGGCCCAAAGGGCAAAGGAGAUUGCAGAGAAGAAGUUCGCAGCGAGGGACCUACCGGGUGCCAAGAAGCUCGCCAUCAAGGCUCAGACUCUCUUUCCUGGGCUUGAAGGCAUUGUUCAGAUGAUCACCACCUUAGAUAUCUAUCUUGCUUCGGAGGUGAAGGUUGCUGGGGAGAAGGACUGGUACUCGAUCCUUUCUGUUGCCACAACAGUAGAUGAUGAAACUCUGAAGAAACAGUACAGGAAGUUGGUUCUUCAGCUCCACCCCGACAAGAACAAGUCAGUGGGUGCCGAGGGUGCUUUUCAGAUGGUCCAAGAGGCGUAUGUGGUGCUAUCUGAUAAAACCAAGAGAGCAGUAUAUGACCAAAAGAGGAAUAUAAGGGUACUCCAACAGAGGACACCUCAAUCAUGUCAAGCAAGUGCUGCUCCUGGUGCAGCCAAUGGCUUCUACAAUUUUGCAACUAAUCCUGCUGCUUCCAAGGCAACAGUAAACAAGCAAACGGCACGACCAGCAACACGUGCAGUGCACCCACGCCCACGCCCGCGCCCACCUCAACCUCCGCCCACAUCCGCCCCUCCUCCUGCUCCAUCUCCGACUCCAUCUCUGGCGAAGCCUCCUACAUUUUGGACCUCAUGCAGCAAAUGCAAGAUGAAUUAUGAGUACCUCAAGGUGUAUCUGAACCACCAUCUUCGCUGCCCUAGCUGCCGUGAGCCGUUCCUAGCAAAAGAGGUACCAAUGCCACCAACUGAGAAUGUGGUACAGGAUUCCAACAUCAAUGGUGCAAAUCAAAAUACAAGCUCGAAUAGAAAUUUCCAAUGGGGCCCAUUCUCAAGGGCUGCUGGUGCAGCUAGUGCUACUGCACCAUCUGCUGCUGCUGCUCAAGCUGCUAAUGUGGUUCAUCAGACGUACGAGAAAGUUAGGAGAGAGAGGGAGGAGGCACAAGCAGCAUCUAGAAGGGAAGAGGCUCUUCGUAGGAAGUAUAAUCCUCUAAAAAGGAACGCAAACAUGUCAGAGAAUGUUAAUAUUGGGACAGGCGAUGUUGCAUCUAGUAAGAAGAUGAGGUCUAUGGUUAAAGAUGCUGGAGUUGGUUCUUCAUCGGUCGUAUCAGGUCCAGGAGCAAAUUGUUUUAGAGUGCCAGGUGGAGCCUAUGAAUUUCAAGGCUUUAAUGGUGGACCCAAUUGGAAACCCAGGCCUCCUACUCGCAUUAAUUUGUCCAAGAACUUCCUUCCAUUGGACAUUAGGAGUAUUUUGCUGGAAAAAGCAAAGAGUGAGUUAAAGAACAAGCUAAAGGAGAUGAAAAGUAAAACAUCUCAAGUUGCUACUUGUGGAAAAGCAAGCAAGAAACAUGUGGUUAAGGAAAAUGGUUGUGAUGAUGAAACUCUUGCAUCAGAUGAUCCUACGACAAAUAAAGAUGCUCAUGUUGACCCAGAAGAGAAUGGUUCUGGUGAUAGCACAGGUGCUGAAAAUGAAGAUGACGAUCCCUUGUCUUAUAAUGUUCCUGAUCCUGAUUUCCAUGAUUUCGACAAGGAUCGUACUGAGGAAUCUUUUCAGAGUGACCAAAUUUGGGCUACAUAUGAUGACGAAGAUGGCAUGCCUCGUUAUUAUGCAUUUAUUCAGAAAGUUAUUUCCUUGAAGCCAUUCAAGCUCAGAAUAAGCUUCCUCACAACAAGGACGAAUAGUGAAUUUGGGCCUUUAAAUUGGGUUUCUUCUGGCUUCACAAAGACAUGUGGUGAUUUCAGGAUUUGUAGGUAUGAGACCUGUGAUAUACUCAACAUGUUCUCUCACCAGAUUAAAUGGGAGAAAGGUCAACGUGGGGUCAUCAAAAUUUACCCACAGAAAGGCGACAUCUGGGCUGUUUAUCGGAAUUGGUCCCCUGACUGGGAUGAAGAUACUCCAGAUAAUGUGCUCCGUGCAUACGCUGUUGUUGAAGUAUUGGAUGAUUAUGAUGAAGAUCAUGGCAUUUCUGUUAUUCCCUUGGUUAAGGUUGCCGAGUUUCGAACAGUAUUUCAGCGCCAUCAGGACCCAAACACCACCAAGAAGAUUCUGAAAGAAGAGAUGUUUCGUUUUUCACAUCAAGUUCCUUUUUACAGGAUGUCAGGGGAAGAGGCUCCAAAUGUCCCCAAAGAUAGUUAUGAGCUAGACCCAGCUGCUAUUUCUAAAGAACUUCUUCAGGAUAUCACAGAAACAGCAAAGGAGGCAAAUGGAACUUCUGAAUGCUGAUUAAGACAGCUGAUAUCCUUAGAUGGCUUGGUUGACCUGCCAUUUUGAAGCAAUCAAGCAAAUAGUUGUUGGCAUUUGCUAGUUUUUAUAGUCUUCACUUCUACAGCUUUUGACCAUUACCUUUGCAUACAAGGGUUCGUAUGGGGCCAGUCAUUCAGGAGUCAGCUGCCUCUGGUGUAAUUGGGGUGCUUUGGCAUGAAUUUUGUUGUGAUAACUAUACUUAGUAACUUUAGAUGUGGAUGGAGUAUAAUGUGAAACUCAUGUGGCUGUUUCUCAGUAAACCUUCAGACUACCUAAGGUCAGUGUUGACAUUUUUUUCUUAAGGUGGAGCUAAUGUUUUUCUGAGGAAUGGAAAUGCUAAUCAAAAUAGUGUCUCAUGUCCAUUUGUUGGUUCUACUAUUUCGUAAGCGUUCAUAGAUUGUAUGUGAUAAAACAACUAGCACGACUUCAUUCCAUCAGUGUCAUAUGUUACAGUUGGACCUGCGUUUCUUUCAUACGAGGAAAUAAAACUCUAGAAGAAGUGACAUUCAUUU